GCCCUUUUAUGCAUAACAGCCAACUCUCCUUCCCCAGGAUCAUAUAGUGCAGCAGUCUGCAAAGAAAGUGACCACAACCGAAGCACAUCCAAUCCUCUGAGUGGUGGGUACUGCGACCAAACGGAGACAUUUACCUCAAACACGGUUAACAACCGGAAAAAGACGCCCAUUGGAUAAUUUGAAACCUUUACAUCUGAGGAAGAGGAGUCAUUGCAUUUUGGUUUGGACACCUUACACUGCGCCCAGCGGAUCUAUGAAGACGCGGGCAGGGUUUUCACUCCCAACACCAGACCGAGGGAACAGGGUGUGAUUCAUCCCCCCGCCCGUAAGCACUGAUGCCGGGUAUUAGCACCACCGCGCCUCGGUAUGAAAACUGGGACAUGGAGCACCUUGACCACUACCAACAUUAUUUCUACGACGACCACCAUGACCCGGAUGAGGAUUUCUUCAAGUCCACAGCGCCUAGUGAGGACAUAUGGAAGAAAUUCGAGCUGGUGCCGACCCCGCCCAUGUCCCCUAUCCGGGCAGUGGAGGGGUCCGGCCGGGUCGGGCUGCUCUGUCCAUCUCUGGGGGACAAACUGGAGUGGGUGUCCCAGUUUUUAGGGCAGGACGAUGAGCAGCAGCAGCAGCAGCAGCAGCAGCAGCAACAUCAGCAGGAAAUCCCCUGCAAGCUGACCACCUCCAAUGACUCUUAUGGGAACCUCAGCUCCAUUAUUAUCCAGGACUGUAUGUGGAGUGGGUUUUCCGCCGGACAGCAGCUGCAGAGAGUUGUAGGGGAGAGACUUGCAUCCUGUCCCGGGACGGGGGCCGGUGUCAAAGUCGCCGCAGCAGCCGCCUCUGUGGUUGCUUCCCCUGGGAGGCAGCAGCAGGGUGCCCUCGCGGAAGCGUCGGCUCCAAGCGGACUGGCUGCGGACUGUGUGGACCCCGCUGCGGUGCUCACUUUCCCGGUAAACGGUGGAUGCAAGAAGCAAGUGUCCUCCGGUUCAGAGUCUCACACCGACUCAUCAGAUGAUGAAGAUGAUAACGAUGAGGAUGAAGAGGAGAUCGAUGUGGUGACGGUGGAGCAGCAGCAGCAGCAGCAGCGUAAACCUCGUCGGAUGGUCAACUCUCGCAAACCAGUGACUAUCACGGUGCGAGCGGACCCCCUGGACACCGGCAUGAAGCGCUUCCACAUCUCCAUCCACCAACAGCAGCACAACUACGCUGCCCCCUCCCCGGACACACUCCCUCAGCAUGUGGAGCCUCCUCGGAAGAGGGUCCGACAGGAGGCCUCCUCUCACUCGCACCUGAACUCUCAUCAUCAUCACCACCACCAGCCUCGAUCUGGCCACACCCCUCUGAACUCAGACAGCAGGAAGUCUCAUGUGGCUGGACUCGGGUCCGAGUUGCCUGACCUCAGCGCCUGCUCUCCUACCUCCUCCUCACCCCCUUCAUCCCCUCCCUCUUCCUCCUCUUCUUCUUCCUCCUCCUCUUCCCAUUCCCAGAUCUCCCCCUCAAAGCCCCGCUCCUUCACUCACCUCUCAAGCCCCCAGUCCUCCGACUGCGAAGACACGGACAAGCGCAAGGCGCACAACUUCCUCGAGCGCAAGCGGAGGAACGACCUGCGCUCGCGCUUCCUGUCGCUGCGGGACGAGAUCCCUGGCCUGGCGGAUUGCCCCAAGACACCGAAGGUGGCAAUCCUGACUCGAGCCACGGAGUACUUGCAGCAGCUGCAUGUCAGUGAGAGGCAGAAGGCCCAGGAGAGGAAGCGGCUGAAGUCCAGACAGCUGCAGCUGCUGCAGAGGCUGGCGCUGCUCAAACGCUCCUGAGCGACGUGGGGGAACCGGCUCUCACCACACGCGCACAAACACUCACAGAACUGAAUACAUGAAGGAGAAGAGACACUAAUGUUCACUUUGAUUUGAUCACGUUGGAAUAGUGCGGGUGGAUUUAAUUGUCUUUGUUUUCUAUUUUUGUAGUUUGCACAUUUAGCUUCUGAGUGAUUGACAAGGCCGUAAGCUGGUCAGGACAGCAAGCUAGGGACUGAUCUUAUAGAGCGUUUUACGGGCAGAUUAAUAUGUCCAUGGUUAUUCAAUAUAGGUUCAUGCUAUAAUCCCCCCCUUGCUGAAAAAUGCUCAAAUGUUGCUUGUUUACGGGAAGGAUUGCUGUGAAUGAAGCAGCUGCUAGUUGAUAAACUCCUCACAUUUUUCUACCUGCUGCAUGGUCAGACGAUUUCGUCAUUGUGAUGGGGCUUACCCAGCAGAUAUGUCCUCUCUUUCUGUCUGUCCUUUUCUAAAAGGCCCUCUUCUAAUGUUUUGUUCUUUAAAGCUGUUAGCGCUUGGCAAACAAUUUUCACAUUUUGUUAUCAAGUUGUGCCUUGUUUCUGAUCUGUUUUCUUUCCCAUUUUCUUUUCUAUUAUUCUCGAUCUAACCUCAUUUUCUUGUUCUUUUCUUACCACUGUUUCCUUCGUCAGCUGUUGAGGCAUGUAGCUUUUAUGCUUGCUGAAAAUGGGAAAGCUGUAGUGGGACUGUACUGAGCCAUGCAACAAAUGACGUUACAACUGGAUACAAUAUAUUCUGCACCUCUGGAAUAGCUCAGGUUGAGUCCUAACUUCUGUGCCUGCAGGUUUUCAAUUCAGUGUUUUCCUCUUGCAUCGUAGACAUUUCAACAGCAGCACCACGCCCACAGUAAUACCUGAUUUGUAGCAUUAAUUGGAUCAAGAAAAUAUAAGUUGUCAAAGAACUUCUUUGAGAAUAAUUGUGUUUUCAAUCAAAAAACACUAUGAAGAUUUUCACCAGGAUCAUUAUUAUUGUUGUGCCAUGGAGACCAGCAGAAAGUUGAAUGUUGGCUUCAAAUGAUUAUCAACCAAAAAAAAGAUCUUUUAGAGAAUGGCUUCAUUUAACCUGUAUGUUUCGAGACAUUUAAAAAUGCCAACAUUUGCUUUGAGAUGAAGCCCAACGAGGUCCAACUGUACAUUUCUUUCAUCUUGCUGUCUGGUCAAUUUGUUUUUGUAUUCAGUGUAACGCCUAUAGAAGCCUUUCAAUGUACGUAGACUAUCCUGUUGGAUGUUAUGUAUAUAGUUCCCUUACUGUACAGUCCCUUCCAAACCAAAACCAGAGCUGUCUACUUUACUCAUCCUAGUUUUUGUUCAGCCCUAAAGCUUGCUGGCUUUUCAAAGAUAACUCAAAGCUUCUAUUUUUGUUAAUAAAAAUAUUAAGAAAAA